GACGCCUUCCUCGCUCCGGAGCACCAUGCAGCUACUGUUCGCACUCCUGGCCCUCGGCGCGCUCCGGCCCCUGGCCGGCGAAGAGUCACACUGGUGCUAUGAGAUUCAAGCCUCUAACUACUCCUGCCUGGGGCCAGACAGGUGGCAGGAGGACUGCCAGAAGAGCCGCCAGUCCCCCAUCAACAUCGUCACCACCAAGGCAGAGGUGGACCACAGCCUGGGACCCUUCCACUUCUCCGGCUAUGAGCAGAGGAAAGCACGAGUCGUGGAGAACAACGGGCACUCAGUGAUGGUGUUGCUGGGGGACGAGGAGAUCUCCAUUAGUGGAGGAGGACUGCCUGCCCGGUACCGAGCCACGCAGCUGCACCUGCACUGGUCCCGGGAGCUGGACAGGGGCUCGGAGCACAGCCUUGACGGGGAGCGCUCUGCCAUGGAGAUGCACAUAGUCCACCAGAAGGAGACGGGGACCUCCGGGAACGAGGCGCAGGACUCUGAAGACUCGAUAGCGGUGCUGGCCUUCCUGGUGGAGGCCGGACCCACGGAGAAUGAGGGCUUCCAACCCCUAGUGACAGCUCUGUCUGCUGUCCCCACCCCUGGCAUAAACACCACGAUGGCCCCGAGCAGCCUGUGGGACCUGCUGCCCCCGGAGGAGGAGCUCAGGCACUACUUCCGCUACAUGGGCUCCCUCACCACGCCGGCCUGCAGCGAGACGGUUGUCUGGACUGUGUUCCAGGAGCCCAUUCGGCUCCACAGAGACCAGAUCCUGGAGUUCUCGAGCAAGCUCUACUAUGACCAGGAGCGGAAGAUAAACAUGAUGGACAACGUCAGGCCGCUGCAGCACCUGGGGGACCGCUCGGUGUUUAAGUCACAGGCUGCAGGCCGGCUGCUACCCUUGUCCCUGCCUACUCUGCUGGUCCCCACACUCUCCUGCGUGAUGGCUGGCCUCCUCCGAUGA